AUGGCAAGGAAAGGGCUAUCAAGUCUCUUCUCAUCAUCCUCCUCCUCCUCUUCCUCUCCUUCUUCACAUUCUCUUCCAAGCCGACCUCAGACUCCUCGGAGUCCUUCCACACCCAUAAGGCAGACCUUAUCGGACUCGAUGAUCCGAGAAACCAUAGAGAAUGCUCAGUCCAUCAUCACCAAGUGGGGACCAGACUCGGCCCUGUUCCAUGAGAACCGGGCGGAGUCCCUCGAGUUCCUCAAAUCCGUGGACCGACUGCGUCACGCCAUGAAGGCCUUGGCCGCGACAAACUCGGGCUCAGACCUCCUCGUGGUCGCUCAAAAGCUCAUGCUAACUGCCAUGAAGAGGCUCGAGAAGGAUUUCUACCGGAUCCUCUCAAGCAACACCAGCGGGCUCAACCCCGAGUCGAUUUCGAGUCACUACUCGAGUGAGUCGAGCAGUUCGCUCGAUGACCAUAACCUCUCGGAAGAAGCAACGUUCGACCUUAAACUGAUUGCUGAUUGCAUGACGAGUUCUGGGUAUGGAAAAGAGUGUGCUGUGAUUUAUAAGUUGACCAGGAGAUCAGUUAUCGACGAGAAUCUCUAUCAGCUGGGGAUCGAACACUUCCGGCCUUCUCACAUCCACAAGAUGGACCCAACAGCACUUGAUCGCGUGAUCAAGAACUGGUUGGGGUCUGUGAAGACUGCUGUGAGGGCCCUCUUCAGGGGAGAGAGGAUACUCUGUGACCAUGUCCUUUCUGCCUCUGACACAAUCAGAGAGUCCUGCUUUAGUGAGAUCACACGAGAGGCCGCAGUCAACUUGUUCCGACUUCCCGCAUUGGUUGCCAAGAGGAAGCAACCGUCUGAUCGAGUUCUCCAGCUAUUAGAGCUCUAUGAUGCGCUCUGGGACGUAUGGCCAGACAUUGAAACUGUGUUCAGCUUUGAGUCAACCUCGGGAGUGAGAUUCCAGGCGAUCCAGUCCCUCGUCAAGCUGGGCGGGUCGGUUCAUGGUAUUAUAUCAGACUAUGAAUCUGCAAUUCAGAAGGCCUCACCCAGGGCUCUGACUCCAGGUGGCGGAGUCCACCCAACGACCCAAUCAGUGAUGGAUAUCGUUGCCUCACUUACAGGCUACGCUGGAAUCUUGUCAGAGAUCCUGGGGGAUCACUCAAAGCCUGGUGAUUUCUUGCUGCCGGAGGAGGAGAUGUCAGAGAAUAUUUCCGGGUCGAUUGUGUCACGCUGUCUCGCACGGCUAAUCCUAGUCCUUCUAUGCAAGCUUGAUAGGAAAGCGGAGCUCUACAGAGAUGCAGCACUCUCAUACCUGUUCCUGGCGAACAACUUGGACUAUAUCACUCAGAAGGUGGGGAGCACCGACCUCAAGUACCUCCUUGGGGAUGAGUGGAUCUCCCAGCACGAGAAGAAGGUCCACCAGUUCAUGUCGAGCUAUGAGGCCUUUGCCUGGGGCCCAGUCUUUCUCUCCCUGCCAGAGACCUGUGGCUCAGGCUCAGGCACGGGCUCAAUGUCCACUGACACGGUGAAGGAGUGGUUUGGGAAAUUUAAUGCAGCGUUUGAGAAUGCCUAUGUGAGGCAGGUGUCAUGGGUUGUGCCUGAUGGAAAGUUGAGGAACCAAAUAAAGGUUUCCAUUGCAAACAAGAUUGUCCAUGCCUAUCGGGAAUUCUAUGAGAUGGGAUUGAAGUUGUUUGGGGAAGCCAAGAGGUACUCAAAUACAGUAAUCAGGUUCAGUCCAGAUGAUAUCGAGAAUUACCUGUCAGAUUUGUUCCGUGGAGAAUCUGAUUCUUGGGUUUUCUGA